AUGAUGGAUAGCAGGAUCUUAGAACACCACCACGCUCAGUUUGGAGGUACCUUGGCCAGCAUGGUAGGAUUCCAUUAUCCCCUUACUCAUCACCAUGUGUACGAACUCACAGGGCACCAGCUCCAAUCUGCCAGCGUCCCCUUCACCAUAGACGGAUUACUGAGCGGCUCCUGCACGGCGUCCGUGGUCAACCCGUCCCCUCUGAUGCCUUCGGCUUGUAACGUGAACGGGGAGAGCCAGUCCUUCAAACUGUCAGACUCGUCGGAUCCAGAGAAAGACACCCCGGGAUGUAAACGGAGAAGGACGAGAACCAAUUUCACCGGCUGGCAGCUGGAGGAGUUGGAGAAAGCCUUUAACGAGAGCCAUUAUCCAGACGUGUUCAUGAGAGAAGCGUUAGCAUUGAGACUCGACCUGGUGGAGUCUCGGGUUCAGGUUUGGUUUCAAAACCGCCGAGCGAAAUGGAGGAAGAAGGAAAAUACCAAGAAGGGACCUGGACGACCAGCACAUAACUCGCACCCUACAACAUGUAGCGGGGAGCCCAUGGACCCGGAAGAGAUCGCCCGCAGGGAGAUGGAGAAGAUGGAGAAGAAGAAACGGAAGCAGGAGAAGAAACUUCUGAAAUCCCAGAACAAGCUGCUGCACUCGGAGGGGGAGUGCAGCGUCGCUUCCUCUGGUUCGGAGUCAGACAGCAGCGUGGUCCACCUGCAGCCUGGGACAACACAGAGCGAGACCAGUCAACACUCCCCAAACACCAGCCGGGAGCCGAGCGCGGUCAACUGCGAACAGACGCCCCCAAAGCUCUCCCACCACCAAAGAAACGCGUCCCAGAAUAAUCCCAGUCGGUCUUCAGAUCUGGACUCCAGCCGGGACAAAGCUCAGAGUUAUCUGUGCACGAACGCUCGCUCUUCCAGUCUGACCAAGUGCGACCAGAAAACCAACCCUUUCAGCGUUGAAAGUCUACUUUCCGAUAGCACGCCGCGGCGCAAGCCUCACUAUGACUACCCAGCCUUACCAAACCCCCGAGCCGUCAUUGGGAAGGGGCACUUCCUUCUCUAUCCCAUCACCCAGCCUCUCGGUUUCAUCGUUCCCCAAACCAGUAUCAGGACACCGCCCGUCCAAACCCCGUCUCCCUCCAGGGCAGACACAGCCGCCCCAGAAACAGACCAGGCGCUUGCCACUUAUCCCGCGACAAACUCAAACUCAACACAAACCGGCUGUCCCGGCUCCGAGUCGAGCUCAGCACAGACCAGCUACCCCGGGACAACUGCGGGCGCCACACAAGCCAGCUAUCUCGAUCCAAAUUCCAGCCCGUCUCAGUCAAAUAAAGCUCUGGCCUCGGAGGGUCCAGAUGAACUGACCCAACAGAGAGCGGACUCUCCCGAGCCAGUAAACACAAACUGCCCUCGAGAACAUAUGACAGAGUGUGAAGAGGUGGAUAUGGACUAA